UGUCCACAGCCAAUGCGCCUCCUUAAAAACAGCAGCCGACAAGGUGGCGCGAUUUACGAACAUAAUUUGGCCUCCCAGGCCGGGUCACGGUGCUUAAGUCUGUUUGUCUUUGUAAAAACUUUAUUUAAAACAUAGUUUUUUUUAAAUUGAGCUCCCAAGGAAAUGGCAGACUGGAAGACACAGAUAAGCUACAACUACAACCCGUCCUACCAUGCUUAUGCUUACGGCCUAGUCUACCAGCACGGACACGAGCAGCACCACGCCGGCAACGCCGACUAUAGCAACUACGCCCCCGGGGUGGCACAGGUGUACUACGCCGCUACUGCCAGGUCCCGCGAGGAGUCCCCGCCUCACAGCCCGGAACAGCAUGUCGCUAACGGCCAUUGCCACUACCAAAGCCCAGGUGCCGUCUACCUAGGGGAAAGCCAAGCGAACCGCCGCCUCCUCCUCCAGCCUGGGUCCCACCGAGCCGCCUACGAUGCAACCGCUGAGGAGAGCAAGAGAGCGGGGAGCGACUCCACUAGUGACUCGGAGGCUUACGCUUCACCAGAUUCAUGGAGUUAUGGUAGCAACCGAGAGGGAACUCUCCCACAGACGGCGGACCCUACCACACUGCCAAAGAAAGACCCCAGUGGGGACGCAGACAGGAGUCCGGGUGUUGGAGAUGUUUCCAGCUCAUUCAUGGGUGAGCCACCUUCCUACACGGAGGUGGGCAACGUAUUCCCCCUACAGAUGCCGCUGCCAACCCCUAAGAAAGAAACCACGACCCCUGCUACGGAGACCCCUAAAGGCAAGGUGCGUGUGGCUUUCUCGGAAAGCCAGAUGAACGCUCUUGUGAAGCGCUUCAGCGUGCAGCGAUAUCUCCCUCCUGCGGAGAUGAAGAACCUAGCCGAGCACACGGGGCUUACAUACAAACAGGUGAAGACUUGGUUCCAAAACAGAAGAAUGAAACUAAGAAGGCACCAGAAAGACGACAACUGGAGGUUGGAGCGCUACUGCACCAACACCGAUCGCAGCCCAGGACACGGUGCUUUCUUCGGCUAUGUUCCACCUUAUCAACCAGAAACACAAAGACCGGCCUUUAAGAAGACUACACCCCAGAAUAUGUCGUUUUAUCUGGCUUCCAUGGGCAGCGCCACCGGGUCUGCUGGUUACCCCUCGGGGACCCCCGGUCAAGCUAUGGUGCCCGCAGCCGGCUGGCCCAUGCCCUCGGGCGUCGGCCAGUACGAGUACAACCCUGGUAUGUUCCAUCUGAGCGGCAACAACGAGCCUGACAGCAACUUUGAGGGCAAAGAUGGAGAGCCUGUCACCAGUUGAAGCGUCUCAAACUGCUAUGUACAUAUCUGCCAGUAGGAGGUGCUGUUUUUACUAUUGUAUAAUUUUUUUUCAGUACAUUGUACAUUGUUCAUACAUUUUUUUUACCACCUAGUUUUAUUUUUAUACACAAAUAUUUAAAUAGUUGGUGUGUCCUUGUGCUUGAUAAUACAGCACGUUUAGACGACAGGUCAAACCUAUGCACGUGUUUUUCUAUGAACACAACUUGGAAGAAUGUCUUGUAUAUAUUUGGUUAGCUCAAGGGAGAGGCUGCAUACAGAAAAAUAACGGAUAUGGGUAGAAGGGUGGUUUUGAUGAUUUUAAUAAACUGCUA